AUGGGAAUAUUCGUAUUCGGGAAUCUUGUGACUGCAAGUCGCCACGCCGCUAAUCUCAUAAGGUUUCCAAAGGCAAUCAUGUCACGAAGACUUCACGCGAGCAGAAUUGAAGGAGUCGACAAAAACGUUUGGGUGGAGUUCAGCCAGCUGGCGGCCGACUACCAAGCCGUCAACCUGGGUCAAGGCUUCCCGGACUUCGCCCCUCCAAAAUACAUUCAAGAUGCUUUCUGUGAGGCUUUACGUGGUGGCCCUUCCAUGCACCAGUACACGCGUGCUUUCGGACACCCGCGUCUGGUAAAGAGUCUGGCCAAAUUUUUCAGCAACAUAGUGGGACACCAGAUCGAUCCAAUGGAGGAUGUUCUGGUGACGGUCGGUGCUUACCAGGCGCUCUUCUGCGCUUUCCAGGCGCUAGUUGGGGAGGGAGAUGAGGUGAUCAUCGUGGAGCCUUUCUUUGACUGCUAUCAGCCCAUGGUGAAGAUGGCGGGUGGAAAGGCGGUGUAUGUUCCACUGAGGCCAGUAAGUGUGGGAGGGGAUGGCGUCCUGUCCAGCGGCGACUGGGUCCUGUCUGCCGACGAGCUUGCCUCUAAAUUCACCCCAAGCACCAAAGCCGUCGUCAUCAACACGCCCAACAACCCGCUGGGAAAGGUGUACAAGAAGGAAGAGCUGCAAGUGAUCGCCGAUUUGUGCGUCAAGCAUGACGUGCUGUGCUUCAGUGAUGAAGUGUAUGAGUGGCUCACCUAUGAUGGAGCCCAGCAUGUGAAAAUAGCCAGCCUUCCCGGCAUGUGGGAACGGACCGUCACCAUCGGGAGCGCAGGGAAGACUUUCAGUGCUACGGGAUGGAAGGUGGGCUGGGCAAUCGGCGCCGGACCGGUCAUCAAACACAUGAAGACGGUCCAUCAGAACAGUGUCUAUCAUUGCGCCACCGCCGCUCAGGAGGCCGUGGCGCGUGGCUUCGAGCAGGAAUUUGAAUUUAUGGGCAGUCCGCGUAGCUACUUCCAGCAGCUGCCGGCCAUGCUGAGUCAAAAGCGGGAGAAGUUAGCAUCUUGCUUGGAGAGCGUGGGUCUAAAACCCAUCAUGCCGGAAGGGGGAUACUUCAUGAUUACUGACAUCUCGUCUGUCAAGGUGGAUCUCAAUGACCCAAACACACAGGAGGAAUCUUACGACUUCAGAUUUGUCAAAUGGCUCAUUAAAGAAAAGGGAUUAGCAACAAUACCCGUUUCAGCAUUCUACAGUCCGGAACAUGGCAGAGACUUUGACAAAUACAUUCGGUUCUGCUUCAUCAAGGAGGAUUCCACACUGGAUGCCGCAGAGGAGAUCUUAAAAAAGUGGAGUGCUUCACGUGACGUGUGA